UGCUAGCUAGGAACGUUUUGUCAAGUCACGAUCGAGCUAUAGCCACUACUCCCACCGUACGCUGGUCACCUGGAGAUGUGGAGGCUGAAGGUGUCGGAGGGCGGCAGCCCGUGGCUGCGUUCCCCGAGUAGCUUCCUCGGUAGAGCGGUGUGGGAGUUUGAUCCUGAGCUCGGUACGCCGGAGGAACGCGCAGAGGUUGAGAGGUUGCGCCGAGACUACACGCGGUGCCGUUUCGAGAAGAGGGAGUCACAGGAUCUUCUUAUGCGCAUGCAGUAUGCAAAAUUAAACCCCCUUCCGGCAAUUGUCCCAAAAGUGCAUCUCGACGAUAAUGCAGAAGUCACAGAAGAAAUAAUAUCAGCAUCCCUGAGGCAGGCCCUAAAUCAGUAUUGCACGCUACAAGCGCAUGAUGGUCAUUGGCCUGGUGACAAUAGUGGAAUUAUGUUCCUUAUGCCUAUGUUUAUAUUCUCUUUAUAUGUUACCGAAAAUCUUCACAGCGUCAUAUCAUCAGACCAUCAACGUGAGAUAUGCCGUCACAUUUACAACCAUCAGAAUGAGGAUGGUGGUUGGGGGACACAUGUUAUUGGGCCAAGCAACAUGCUUUGCUCAUGCUUAAAUUAUGCAGCCUUAAGGCUUCUCGGUGAGAUGCUGGAUUGUGAUAAUGGUGCAUUGGCAAAAGGGCGAGCCUGGAUUCUGUCACAUGGAAGUGCUACUGCUGUACCACAAUGGGGAAAGAUAUUCCUCUCGAUAAUUGGUGCCUACGAUUGGGUAGGAAACAAUCCAAUUUUUCCAGAAUUAUGGAUGGUUCCAUAUUUUCUUCCAAUUCAUCCAGGCCGUUUUUGGUGCUUUUGUCGAAUGGUGUAUAUGUCAAUGGCAUAUCUUUAUGGGAAGAAAUUUGUUGGGCCUAUUACUCCAACUAUAUUGGCAUUACGAGAGGAGCUCUACAACAUACCGUAUCGCAAUAUUGAUUGGAAUAAGGCGCGUCAAUCUUGUGCCAAGGAAGACUGUCGGUGUCCUCACUCAAAGGUUCAAAGAACUAUAUUUUAUUGUUUUCACAAGUUUGUGGAGCCCGUGAUAAGUAGUUGGCCAACCAACAAGCUAAGAGAAAGAGCUUUGAGUAAGCUCAUGGAACAUAUUCAUUACAAUGAUGAAACAACUGAAUACAUCACCAUUUGUCCCGUUGACAAGGCAUUGAGCAUGAUUUGUUGUUGGGUAGAAAAUCCAAAUUCAUAUGCUUUAAAGCAACAUCUUCCAAGAGUAUAUGAUUACAUGUGGCUAGCAGAAGAUGGAAUGAAGGCAAAGAUAGCAGAUGGUUGCCAGAGCUGGGAGAUAUCAUUUAUAAUUCAAGCAUUUGUCUCAACAGAUCUUAUAGGAGAGUUCAGUAAAACUAUAGAAAAAGCACAUGACUUUCUAAAAAAUUCACAGGUUAUUUCAAAUUGUCCAAGUUAUCAAAAAAAUUACCGUCAUCGAUCAAAAGGUUCAUGGACUCUUUCAACAAUAGACAUUGGUUGGGGUGUGUCUGAUUGUACUGCUGAGGCUAUUAAGGCAUUAUUGUUGUUAUCAAAGAUGUCACCCAACCUUGUCGGUCAUCCAAUACAAGAACAAAGGUUGUAUGAUGGCGUUGACUGCAUCCUUUCUUUGAUGAAUAAAGAUGGUUCGUUUUCUACAUAUGAACGUAGAAGAACAAACUCCUGGUUAGAGGAUCUUAAUCCAUCUGACAGUUUUCAGAAUAUUGUUAUCGAUCAUCCAUCUAUGGAAUGCACAUCAUCCGUGCUUGAGGGUCUGAUAUUGUUCAAAGAGCAAUAUCCACAUUAUCGAUGCAAAGAGAUAGAAAAAUGUAUAAAAAAUGCUGCUACAUACAUUGAGAACAAACAAAGAAAGAAUGGUUCUUGGUAUGGCACUUGGGGUAUUUGUUUCACUUACGGGGCCUUCUUUGCGGUGAAAGGUUUAGCUGCUUCGGGAAGGACUUAUGAUAAUAGUGAUUGUAUGAGGAAAUCAUGUGAAUUUUUAUUGUCCAAACAACAGAGUACAGGUGGAUGGGGCGAAAGCUAUCUUUCCAUUGAAACCGAGGAGUAUGUGGACAGCGGUAGUUCUCAUGCAGUGGCCACUGCAUGGGCAAUGCUUGCAUUGAUUUAUGCUGGCCAGGCUGAAAUAUAUCCAGUGCCACUAUAUCGUGCGGCAAAACUAUUGAUGAAUAUGCAGCUAGACUCGGGAGAGUUUCCCCAACAGGAACACAUGGGAUGUGCUAACUCCGCCUUUUUCUUUAACUAUCCCAACUACCGCAAUAUUUUCCCUAUAAUGGCUCUAGGAGAGUUUCGUCGUCGUCUUAUUGAAAAUCAAAGUCGAUGAAGAUAAACAUAGCUAUCUAUUUUGUUGAUGACUCUAUGGUUUUGGAAUGUUUCAAAGUAUAUUAUUGUGUCCAAUAAAUCAAUUGUUAAGAAUGGUUAUCGUCUACAUUGAUUGUUCGUGAAUAUGUAACUCAUGUUGUUGAUUAUGUGGCUUCUAUAUUUGGGUGACUA